AUGGACGUUGUUUUGUGUUCGGGACAUCAAAAGCCAUGUUUUUUAAAGACUGGGACGAGAAAAGGUCCAACUCAAGGAAAAAGUUUUUACAUCUGUAGUGUUCCUGAAUCUAGAUGCCAGUUUGUUAAAACAGUGGAUUUGGAACCUAUCAACUGUCCUGUGCAUCCAAAUACAAUGGUGGACCUUCAGGCAGUUCUUGAAAAUCCCCAAACACAAGAAAAACAACAUUUGAUGCGGUGUCAUGCUCGAAGCCAAGAGAAGAAAUGGUGUAUUAAUCGUACUUUUAAGCCCAAGGGAACUGAAUCUAAGAUGAAAGAAGAUCUUUUGUCUUUCAAAUCUCUAAAUGAGUGCAGUAAAAAAAGUACAGAUGCUUCUGAAAUUUCCAGUCAGCCAAAGGCAAGAGAAGAGAAAAGUCAAAAUUUUACACAGUGGAGAGACAGUCCAGUACACAAGGCACAACAAUCGGACUCUUGGGAAAAACCAGAUGACCAACUUAAGAAGAAUCUUUCUAAACAUUAUCCAAAGGAAACAUUUGUACCACAAAGCAAAGAAGAACCACCUUCGUUUAAAUCAAUUAGCGAAGCAAAUAAGGAAACUUCUACACUUCCUGUAAAGACCCAAGCAGACGAGGGGAACAAAGAAAAGGCAAAUGAUAGCUUCACACAGUGGAGGGAGAGCCCAGUGGCUCCCAAAGAAAACAGAAUAUUGUUCAAGGACUCUCUCAAGAAAGAUCUUCAAAGACAACUUGAAAAGCAACAGAAACUACUAAGUUGUACCAAACUUUCUCAAUUGCCUGACAAUGGUGCCCGACUCUUGAAGAAGACCAAAGAGAUAGAAGAAUGCCUGGCUGAAUUAGAAUUAGAAGCUGAAGAGAAUAACCACAAUGACAGUGACGUGCAGAUUGUAUCUUCCAGUUUUCCAACCAGAAAAUUGCCUGAAGUUGUCGAAGUGUUCCCUCCUGCUGCGUCUGGACAAAACCCAAUUCACAAACCAACCACACAGGAAGUUGAUCCUCCAAAGAGUGUAAAAGAAUGGAUUGAUAACAAUUACAAAAUUCACAAAUCACAUGUACCACACAAUCCAGAUCUGUUAGCACAAACCAAGUUAUGGUUUAAGGAUUAUGACGACCAAAAAGAACGUGAGAAGCAAAUAGAAAGAUAUAAUCAACAAAGAACAUUGUAUGGUGGCCGUAUGACUGUCAAACGACUUGAAGCUGUUCGUGGGGCCAUGAAAAGUGUUAUAGAUUCAUUGCACAAACAACUUGACACUUGUCCCAAAGAAAGUGAUACAUUACCAGAUCCUGAAGGCCUGAAGGUAUCACUGAUGCAGCAUCAAAAACAGGCCUUAGCCUGGCUAACAUGGAGAGAGAAUCAGGUCCCAUCAGGAGGAAUUCUGGCUGACGACAUGGGCCUGGGAAAAACAUUGACAAUGAUAUCUUUAAUUCUUACACAAAAGCAACAAUCAGAUGAAACAACGAAAGCUCCUAAAUGGUUAGGAAAAGAUAAACCUGCGAUUAAGUCACCAGCAACACUCAUCAUUACACCUGCUUCACUAAUUCACCAGUGGAACGGUGAAAUCAGCAACCGAUGUCGGCAUAAAAUGCUACGUGUAUUAGUCUACCAUGGACCAAACAGAGUGAAAGAUGUUUCUCUUCUGGCUCAGUAUGAUGUCGUACUAACCACUUACAAGAUUGUAAGUACUGAGAUUAGUAGAAAAGAAGAUAGCAAAUUUGCAGAUCUUCCUCUUGAGGAAUUGGAAAAAAAGGAGGAGGAUGUGAGCCAACUUCCUUUGCUGUUGAAAAUUAUAUGGAAUCGAAUUAUUCUUGAUGAAGCUCAUGACAUUCGCAAUCAUAAGAGCCUUUGUGCCAUGGCCAUAUGUCGUUUACGUGCCAACACAAGAUGGGCAGUUACUGGAACUCCAAUUCAAAAUAAACUUCUGGAUAUGUUUUCCUUAAUCAGGUUUCUACGUUUUUCUCCUUUUGAUGAGUACAAAGUCUGGAAAAAGCAAGUGGAAAGUAAGGAAGCUCUUGGCAAAGCAAGAUUAAAUACAAUCAUCAAAAGUUUAAUGCUGAGGAGGACAAAAACACAAACGUUUCAAGGGAAACCCUUGGUCAAUUUGUCUAAGAAAGAACUCUUUUGGAAUAAACUGACUCUCUCGAAGGCAGAAAGAAACCUCUACAAUAAAAUCUACAAAAAGACACAAUCAAUUGUUAGAAAUUAUAUUCAAAGACAUGAAGAUAAAGAAAUGACUGGUGCUACAGGUGGUGAAAAAUACUUGUCAUCAGAAUCCAAGUGCAAUCCUUUCCAGGCAGGUUCAUCCCAAGGAUCAAGCUCUGACCAACAAGCAACAAAUGCACCCAGAAGUGGCAAAGACAUUUUGGUAUUCUUACUUCGUCUCAGGCAAUGUUGUUGCCAUCCAGGCCUGCUUAAAGAGAGGGAAACUGAUGAUGAAAGUCUUGAUUUGGAUUUGGAAGAUCAAAUGAAGGACCUGUUGUUGAACAAUGCAGACCCCAGUGAAGAGGACAAAACUUCUGUGGAAGAUAUUUUUCAGCCCAGUACAAAAAGCACAAAGAUUGGAGCUCUUUUGGAAAAUUUGCUCAACAUCCGAAAGACAGAAAAUGCGAAAUGUGUUGUGGUGUCUGAAUGGACAAAAAUGCUUUCUCUAGUUGCUCUACACCUAAAGGAAGUAGGUCUGCGUUACCACUUGCUACAGGGGGAUGUUCUUCCAAAGAAAAGAAUGGAAAUGGUAGAGGACUUUAAUAAAAAUCACAAUGGAGCCGAGGUGAUGUUGCUCUCUCUGAAGGCAGGAGGUGUUGGACUUAAUUUAAUUGGAGGCAGUCAUUUGUUUCUUAUGGAUAGCCAUUGGAAUCCUGCUUUAGAGGAACAGACUUGUGACCGUAUCCAUCGAGUGGGUCAGGAGAAAGACGUCAAAAUUCACCGGUUUAUCUGUGAGAAUACGAUUGAAGAGAAAAUUCUAGCUCUUCAAGACAAGAAAAGAACUUUGGCUAAGGAUGUUCUUUCUGGGGAUGGAAUGAAAGCUUCACGUCUGGGAUUAAAUGAUUUGCGUAUGCUGUUUGACAUCUAA